AUGGCGCUUCGUCAAUUCAAGGCGCCGGUAGCGUAUGAAGCGCAGCAGACCGCUCUCGAAUCCUUCCUCAAAGACUUCAAGGCGUCGCCUGAGCAGACCAUCGCACAUGCCCUCGGCAACAUUACGAUAGACGAAGAUGACUUUAGCGACGACGAUGAAUUGAUGGAGGACGAUGGUGCCCGCCAGACUCACCGCCGGGAUAAGACCCCGCCCGCGCAUAAAUACCAGGCCAUGAUGCAGAAGCUUGCAGACCGCCAGAUUGAUGAGGUUUUGGUCGACCUGGACGACAUCGCAGCUUUCGAAUCACAAAUCGGCGACGAGCUCCAUUUGGUGGAGUCCAUCGAGACCAACACCAAGCAUUAUGUCGAAUUGAUGUCAAGAGCGGUGGACAAGCUUAUGCCCAAGCCUAGCGCCGACACAACCUUCAAGGAUGACGUUCUGGAUGUUUUGAUGGAGCGAAGACAGAGGAGAAACGAGCAACUGCAGCGUCAAGCUACUGAGCCUACGGAUGGCCAGCUCCCCGACCCUACCGUCGCCGAGGACAAGUUCCCCGCCGAGCUCACUCGCCGAUAUACCCUCGUCUUCAAGCCUCGAUCCGAUUCCCCUGACCACCCAGCGAAGGCCUAUGCCGUGCGUAACGUCAAGGGCGACCAGCUUGGCCACCUGAUUACCGUUCGCGCAAUCGCCACCAGAGUUUCAGACGUCAAGCCCAUCGUGCAGGUCAGCGCCUACACCUGUGACCGUUGCGGCUGCGAAAUCUUCCAGCCCGUCAACGAGAAGUCAUUCGGUCCGUUGACCGUAUGCCCCUCAAAGGAUUGCGAGAUGAACCAGGCCAAGGGUCAGCUUCACCCAUCUACGAGAGCCUCCAAGUUCUUGCCCUUCCAGGAGGUCAAGGUUCAGGAGCUUGCGGAGCAGGUUCCCAUCGGUCAGAUUCCUCGUACCUUGACUGUUCUGUGUUACGGUACCUCGGUGCGCAAGGUCAACCCGGGCGAUGUUGUCGAUAUUUCGGGUAUCUUCCUACCCACCCCUUACACUGGUUUCAAGGCUAUGAGGGCCGGUCUUCUGACCGAUACCUUCCUGGAGGCGCAUCACAUCGUCCAGCACAAGAAGGCCUACUCUGAAAUGAUCGUGGACGCCAAGCUUGUUCGCCGCAUCGACCAGUACAGGCAAUCCGGCCAAGUCUACGAGCUUCUUGCAAAGUCCAUUGCCCCCGAAAUCUAUGGACACCUCGAUGUCAAGAAGGCACUUCUCCUGCUUCUCAUUGGUGCUCCGUUGAAGCAAGCUGAGGAUGGCAUGAAGAUUCGUGGUGACAUCAACAUCUGCUUGAUGGGUGACCCUGGUGUGGCCAAGUCCCAGCUGCUCAAGUACAUCUCAAAGGUCGCUCCCCGUGGUGUCUACACCUCCGGUCGCGGUUCCAGUGGUGUCGGUCUGACGGCUGCCGUCAUGCGUGAUCCUGUAACCGACGAGAUGGUUCUCGAGGGUGGUGCUCUCGUCCUCGCUGACAACGGCAUCUGCUGUAUCGAUGAAUUCGACAAAAUGGACGAGAACGACCGUACAGCUAUCCACGAGGUUAUGGAACAGCAGACCAUCUCCAUCUCCAAGGCUGGCAUUUCCACCACUCUCAACGCCCGCACUUCCAUCCUUGCCGCCGCUAACCCCAUUUACGGUCGCUACAACCCUCGCAUCUCCCCGGUCGAGAACAUCAACCUCCCCGCCGCUCUCCUCUCUCGUUUCGACAUCAUGUUCUUGCUUCUUGAUACCCCAUCUCGCGAGUCUGACGCCCAGCUCGCCAAGCACGUCGCCUAUGUCCACAUGCAUAUGAAGCACCCGGACAUUGGCACCGACUCUGUUGUUUUCUCACCGCACGAGGUCCGCUCCUACGUCGCUCAAGCUCGCACAUACCGCCCUGUCGUCACGGAAGGCAUCAACGAGUACAUCAUCAAGACAUACGUUCGUAUGCGCGAGCAGCAGCGCCGCGCAGAGAAGAAGGGCCAACAGUUCACCCACACGACGCCGCGUACCCUCCUCGGUAUCAUCCGUCUCGCCCAGGCCCUCGCCCGUCUUCGUUUCUCCAACGAGGUUACCAACGACGACGUCGACGAGGCGCUGCGCCUCAUUGAGGCCUCCAAGGAGAGUCUCGCCGCCGAGCAGAGCAGCUCCGGACGCUCGCGUCUUAACGCGAGCAGCAGAAUCUACAACCUGGUCAAGUCGCUGGCCGACAGCGGUGCCUGCCGCACCGACGAUGCCGACGACGAAGACGAUGAGCUUGGCACCGAAAUGUCCCUCCGCAAGGUCAAGGAGCGUGUCAUUGCCAAGGGAUUCACCGAGGACCAGUGGCUCGCUGCCCUGGAGGAGUACAACGAGCUCGAUGUGUGGCAAACGGCUGGCAACGGCACCAGAUUGGUCUUCAUCACGGCCGCAGGAACGCACGACUAA